CAUGAAACUGGGCCGCGGUGCGCUGAAACCAUAGGAAUGCGACACACUUUGUAUUUACCAGACCAAAGCCACAACGCUUUGACUUUUCUGGACGACUCUUUGAAAUAACUGUACCGGCUGCUUCUCGGGUAACGUGUCCGGUUCUUUCUUUCUUUUCUUUAACGAGGAUGUGACGACGCUUCCGACGGCUUAACUUUGUUGGUUGUGUUCGCGGAAACAACUUUGUGGCUGCAGGGAGUCUGUGUUCUCUCUCCCGUCGUCCUCAGCUGCGUUUCCGACAUGAGAUCAGGUGGAUAAUGCUGCUGCUGCUGCUGCUGACUAAACGAGUAGUCUACCUGUGACUGAAAGUCUGAUGCUCGGCUGCAGCUGCCUCAGCCGCCAUCAUGUUCACCAAAAAGAAAACCAAGUCUCGCAUCCAGAUCUCUGCUCCGUCGAACUUCGAGCAUCGCGUGCACACAGACUUUGACGAGCAGGAGCAAAAGUUUGUUGGGUUGCCACGGCAAUGGCAGUCUCUCAUAGAAGACACGGCCAAAAGGCCCAAACCGUUCAUCGACGUGACGGUCAUCACUACUGUGGAGCCUCGAAAGACAAUUGUUCGUGGCAACAAGCUGGGAGUCGACGGCUCCCUGACCUGGCUGUUGGAUGAGUUUGACACCAUGUCUGUUACUCGCUCCAACUCCCUGCGACGGGGCAGCCCUCCCAUCCAGCCACGCAAAGACUCUUCAGGAGGAGGGCAGGAGAACGGAGACCCUCACCACAGACACUACUCAAACCCAGACAGACAAGACAGGGACCGACCCAGACCAGACCACCAGAGUGGAGGUGACCCCCGUCAGAGUCAGCGUGCGAUCCGCCCUCCUCAUGAGGGAGUCCAGGGUCGGCCGCAGCAGCAGCCCCGUGGACAAGAGCCCAGCAGGGUGCACAGACCAGGCUCAGGCCCCCCUCCUCCCCCUCACAGAGACAGAGCACCACGGGACCGGGACCAGGAGCAGCAGGUGUCCCACAGGGAUCAACCCGGAGAACACAGGCCAAAGUCCAGCUACAUGGUGCGGGACGGCAGCCCUCAGUCUCCCAGGGACAAGAGGCCUCUCUCUGGACCCAACAUUCGUACCCCAAACCUGCCAGUAACAGAGGGGGUGAUAAAGAAUGCUCAGCCGAACACACGGCCGUUUAACACGUAUCCGAGGGCGGACAGCGAGGGCGGACGCAGCCCCACAGGGCAGCCGGUCCGACAUCAUGAAUCCUCCCCUCAGAACGGCCCCUCUAGCGGCUCCACCCGAAGUUCCUCCGGCUCAAAACCCCCCAUAAGCCACGCACACCCUCAUCACACUUCACACCCAAGCCUGACCCCUGAAGCCACCCAGCACCCUCACACCCCUCACCCCAGCGUCCCAGCCCCGCGGCCCCCUGCGCCCGCCGGGCCCCCUGCAUCAGGUGCUCCCCCUCAGGGCCGCUCGCCACAGAGGGAGCCCCAGAGGGUUUCUCACGAGCAGUUCAGAGCGGCGCUACAGAUGGUGGUGGAUCCGGGCGAUCCGCGGACCUACCUGGACCACUACAUUAAGAUAGGGGAGGGAUCCACCGGGAUUGUGUGUAUUGCCACUGUGAAGACCACCGGGAAACUGGUGGCUGUGAAGAAGAUGGACCUGAGGAAACAGCAGCGCAGAGAACUCCUCUUCAACGAGGUGGUGAUCAUGCGGGACUAUCACCAUGAAAACGUGGUGGAGAUGUACAACAGCUACCUGGUUGGAGACGAGCUCUGGGUCGUCAUGGAGUUUCUGGAGGGAGGAGCUCUCACUGAUAUCGUGACACACACCAGGAUGAACGAGGAGCAGAUCGCCACAGUUUGCCUGUCUGUGCUGAAGGCGCUGUCCGUCCUGCACACACAGGGUGUGAUCCACAGAGACAUCAAGAGCGACUCCAUCCUCCUCACGCAUGACGGCCGAGUGAAGCUUUCAGACUUUGGGUUCUGCGCUCAGGUGUCUAAAGAAGUGCAAAGAAGGAAGUCUCUGGUUGGGACGCCGUACUGGAUGGCACCAGAGCUCAUAUCCAGACUGCCUUAUGGGCCGGAGGUGGAUAUCUGGUCUCUGGGGAUCAUGGUCAUAGAGAUGGUCGAUGGAGAGCCGCCGUACUUCAACGAGCCACCGCUCAAAGCCAUGAAAAUGAUCCGAGACAACCUGCCCCCCAAACUGAAGAACCUGCACAAGGUCUCUCCUCUCCUCAAGGGCUUCCUGGACCGGAUGUUGGUGCGGGAUCCGGCUCAGAGGGCCUCGGCCAGCGAGCUCCUCAAGCAUCCGUUCCUGACGAAGGCGGGCCCGCCGUCCUGCAUCGUCCCUCUGAUGAGGCAGAACAGGAUGAGAUGAGACACGUGACACUUAAGACCUCCGGACUGCGGAGGGCAGCGUGUGCAGGUUCAGGUGGAUCCGGAUCCUCCUGCACACAGACGAGAGGUCAAAACUGUGCUCAGAGCUUCAGAGCAGGAGUGCAGGAGUAUUCUCUUUUUCCUCUGUGAAUCACUGAACCGAGGGGAGUGUGCUCCCUUUACAAGAGGCAAUAAGGCAGUGUGUGCGUGUGUGUGUGUGCGUGUGCGUGUGUGUGUGUGUGUGUGUGUGUGUGUGUGUGA